AUGCAGCGUGAGGAGCUAUCAGCCAGAGAGGAGUUCACCUACAGCCACAUGUCCACUCUGGAGAGGGGUAGUGGGACGCUGGGACGGCGAAGCGACAGGGGAAGGCCAGACAGGGAUAGGCCAGAGCGGGACAACUACACAGUGGACGUGAGGGCCAGUGACCUGCAGCUGGCCCAGCCGGAGCAUCUAAAGCACCCCUGCUUCAGCUACAGGGCCUGGCUCUACAGUGUCCUCAUAGGGGGUAGUCUGCUCAUCACAUCUGGUUUCUCACUGUACUUGGGAAAUCUGUUUCCUGUUGCUAUGGACUACCUGCGCUGUGCUGCAGGCUCUGGCCUCCCUGCAGCGAUAGCUAGUUUUGCCAUUGCCAAGAACAGAUAUGUUGCAGUGUCAGAUUUCCAGGUGGUCUAUGUGUCAACAUUUGCAGUGACGACAACCUGCCUGGUUUGGUUUGGUUGCAAACUAGUCCUGAACCCCUCUGCUGUUAAUAUCAACUUUAACCUCAUUUUGAUGAUUUUGCUGGAGGUGUUGAUGGCCAGUACUGUUAUCCUGUCAGCUCGCUCUGCAGAGGACUGCUGCUGCCACAGGAAGUCGGUGACAUAUGACAGAGCUGUGGUCAUGACCCCUGCAGUGUUCCCCACUCGACUCCUCAAAGCAUAUUCUGUGAUCGAAGUGAUUGUUGGAAUCUCUGCUGUGUUUGGAGGCAUUAUUGCGCUCAACAUGGAUGCUUUGCUACCUGGCCCCUACUUGUCUGUCACAUUUUUCUGGAUCCUUGUAGCUUGUUUUCCGAGUGCUAUUGCCAGUCAUGUUGUAUCAGAAUACCCCAACAAAUGUCUGGUGGAGGUACUAAUUGCCAUCAGCAGCGUGACAUCUCCCCUGCUCUUUUCAGCCUCUGGCUUCCUUUCUUGCAGUGUGAUCAGCUUUGUUGAAAUUUUCCUGCAAGAUGUGCCAACAGCAAAACAGUCCUAUGACAUCCUGCUGCUGAUUCUGAUGGUGCUGCUGCUGGUGCAAGCAAUUCUUACUUCAGCCACUGUGGUGCACUGUGCCGCCUACAAGAGUCAGCUCCGCAUGGGUGCUGUAGAGUGCCACGACAGUAUGCACACCCCAACCCAAUACUGUGAUCAGCAGGUAUCCAAUGGAACACUGCAGGAUUUCGACAAAGACAGAGCCUGGAAGGCAGUUGUGGUCCAAAUGGCCCAAUGA